GGAGAGCGAGGAGCUGGCGGGGGAGCCGCCGCUGGAGGACUGGCGCUCCCCGCGGCCGUCGGGCUCUGAGCUGCACCGUCGCCGGCGGAACAUGGCGCCCCUGACGUUCUGGCGCUGCUGCCAGCGCAUCGUGGGCUGGGUGCCGGUGCUGUUCAUCACCUUCGUGGUCGCCUGGUCCUACUACGCGUACGUGGUGGAGCUGUGCGUGUUUACUAUUUCUGGAAAUAAAGAAAAUGGAAAGACCGUUGUUUACCUUGUGGCUUUCCAUCUGUUCUUUGUUAUGUUUGUAUGGUCCUAUUGGAUGACAAUUUUCACGUCUCCCGCUACCCCCUCCAAAGAGUUCUACUUGUCAAAUUCUGAAAAGGAACGUUAUGAAAAGGAAUUUAGCCAAGAAAGACAACAAGAAAUUUUGAGACGGGUAGCAAGAGAUUUACCUAUCUACACAACAUCAGCUUCAAGAACUAUCAGAUACUGUGAAAAGUGUCAGCUGAUUAAACCUGACCGGGCACAUCACUGCUCAGCCUGUGACACAUGUAUUCUUAAGAUGGAUCAUCACUGUCCUUGGGUGAAUAACUGUGUGGGAUUUUCUAAUUACAAAUUCUUCAUGCUGUUUUUAUUGUAUUCCUUAUUAUAUUGCCUUUUUGUGGCUACAACGGUUUUAGAGUACUUUAUUAAAUUUUGGACGCUUUGCCGCAGGAAAUCUACAGAGAAUUGUCCAAAGAAUGAACUAACAGAUACACGUGCAAAAUUCCACGUACUUUUUCUUUUCUUUGUGUCUGCAAUGUUCUUCAUCAGCGUCCUCUCACUUUUCAGCUACCAUUGCUGGCUAGUUGGAAAAAACAGAACAACAAUAGAAUCAUUCCGUGCACCCACAUUUUCAUAUGGACCAGAUGGAAAUGGUUUCUCUCUUGGAUACAGUAAAAAUUGGAGACAAGUAUUUGGUGAUGAAAAGAAAUAUUGGCUGCUUCCAGUAUUUUCAAGCUUGGGUGAUGGUUGCAGUUUUCCAACCCGCCUUGUGGGGACGGAUCCGGAACAAGCUUCUGUUGCAAACCAAGAUGAAUUUCCCAGAAGUAGUGGCUCAAAUCAACCUUUUCCUAUCAAACCACUUAGUGAAUCAAAAAACCGUUUGUUGGACAAUGAAUCUCAGUGGCUGGAGAACGGAGCUGAAGAAGGCGUCAGAUCAGGGACAAAUAACCAUGUUACAGUGGCAAUAGAAAAUUGAGUACCUCUUGUUCAUAACUAACCAUUUGAAUAGGAGCAAGGUAUUUAAACACAUUGUGGACUAUUUUCAAUUUUAUUUGCAAGAAAAUGAUCAAUGGGAUGAGAUAAUUGAAAUAUAACAGAAGAUAUAUUUUUAAAAAAGGAAGCCUUUGUACAGUUCGCUGGAUCUACAGAAGCCCUUCUCCAGAGCAGAACGAUGCCUUAAUCCUAAGUGUCCAUUUGUGCAGCACACUCACAGCGACGGAAGUGACUUAACUUUUACUUUGGAAAUAACGCUUACCUGUAUGAGAUGCUAUAAUAUGAGCUAUCACCGCGUGUUAACAUGGCAUACUUACUUUCCUGAUACCUGAGUUACAUUAUUAGAGUUGUUUCCUAGUAUCCAUAUACAUUUUCACUCCUAAAACACAAAGUAAAAACUUAAGUACUUCUAGGGCAGAUGGUGGCGGAGAGUGAAUAAUAUCAAAAUUACUGUUGCUUGUACUGUAUAAGGAAAAAAAACUUUUUUUUAAUUGGGUAUUUGCUAAUUUAUAAUUACUGUUUUAUACUUUUCAACAUUUUUAAUAAAGUUUUUUUUAUUUUUGGCUAUAAAAUAACAGAAGGAUUCAUAUACCUAAAUGUAAUCAUUUAGAGCAUAGAACAUAUUGGUAUAAUUGACUUAGUUAAGAGCAUUCAUGUAACCAUGCAAUGUUGUAGUAUGUGCCAAAGGCUUAAAGGAAACUUGACCGUUUAAGAAAUAUUUUGGAUCCCCUCUGCUUUUUAAUUAUAUUUGGUUGAACUUUCAGGAGUAUUUGUAUGGGCAGGGAAUGACAAAGGCACAUGUGCUAUAGGAAUAUUGGACACAAUGUGAACAGGUGGAAAUGGCUAGAAGAGAAGCCAAGGGAAAGAUAGGAGGUAUAUUGUAAGCUGUUAAGAAAUAUUUUCAGUCCUAAAGUUAUUUAGAAUAAAGCACGCUAUGGAGAUGACUUUCAAAUUUCAAUUUAGAUAAUGACAAAAAAUUACUUUGAAAUUUUUUACAGUAAUCUUUUAACAGCUUAACAGUGACUUGGGAUGCAACUUGAGCUAGGGAAAAAACUAUUUAGAAUAAUAUGAUCAGAAAUGUUACUUGUCCUUUAUAUUGUUUCUCUCUCUCUCUCUCUCUCACAGACACAUACACACACACACACACAACGAUUCACUGCUUCCAGUAGGUGGGUAAGGAGAAAUCUUACCAGCAUCUCUAACUAUUAAGGGUUAGUUUCCUUCUUGUAAAAUCAGAUUACAGGGGGCAAGGGGCUCUGGAAUGAGUUGGACUGGAUGACUCCUAACAUGCUGUGAUACCUAAUUUUGCAAAAUAACCUCACUUUUCAUUCACCUAACAAACAUCCUUGAAGUACUAUCCAUAUGUCAAACAACAUACUAGGGGACAGCUCUGUAAUUUCCUAAUGUAGCAUAAACUUUAUAAUUGAUACUCUGGGUAUAAAAUUUGUAGAAUUUAUUUUAUUUCCAUUGGCUAAUCUAUUAUUAGGUUUUCUAAAAGUUAUUUUUCCCCCAUUGAACUGAAGGUAUGUGUUAGCCUUGAAAACAUAGUUUAGGGUCUGAUACUAUGGAUUCUCUCACCUUCGUUUCUUUACUAUGAAUCUUGAUUCUAGAAGCUCAGACUGAGUGAAGAAAUAGCAAUUUCCAACCAAAAUGUCAAUUCAGUUUGGCAGUCUGUAAGUUACAAGGACACAGUAAAUGUCUAUAAACAGAUUUGACUACGUACAGAAACACCUGGUACUUUUUGUGAGUAUUGUUACAUUUAGAUCAAAGAAUUUGCAUGUACCCAGCUAACAACUGCGGAAACUUAACUUUCUCCUUUAACCUAUUCAGGCACCUUUAUGGUAUUAGAAUCUUUCAUGAUUCUUUUCAUUUGUUAUUUAACAUCAUCUUUAAUAGUACAGUUAAAACCUUUUCAGAAAUGUUCAAUGAAGCACUCUUAUUUUAGUUACAUUUGAUUUAAUCUAGAGCCAAUAUUUUGCUGCAUUCUUAAUAAUGUUUAGCUAAAUUUAUUCAUAAUGACUGUUUAUCAAGGGCCUACAAAUGGUAUGGGAAUCAGGGAAAGGCUGCCUCUUUGGUAUUUCAACUGGUAUUGAUUCUUGCUCUCAACUAUUUGGUGGGAAAAGGUCAAAAUGAAACCCUGUCAAAAUUUAUAAUUGCUAUCUUUGGUCUUCAAAAACUUGAACAUUGGUGACAAUACUCAAGGAAAAUGAAGUUGAAUUUCAGGUCUAGCCAUUGCCAUUAAAAAAAAAAUUACACAAGAGACUUAGUAUACCUGGGUACAGACUUACUUGAAUACUCAGUACCUGAGGCAUCAGACCAAUAUCACUAUGCCAAACCAAAGAGCAGCUGUAGUGUAUUAGUUAUUAAAAAUGAACAUGUUUACAAAGUUAGGUUUCAUCUUUACAUAAGGGUGAUUUUUUUAAAACUUUUUACAUAUGUAGCUAUAAAUGAGUUUGACUCUAAGGUUAGUUUAAAUCAAAUAUUCAAUGUUUACUUGAACUUCUAUUAGAAAGCAAAUUUUGACAAUGUUUACAGGAUUGUUUAAAGAUUAUCUGACAUGUGAGAUUGCCAUUCAGUUAUCUUUAAAGCAAAUGUAUUUUAAGGGCUUAGUGUUAGGACCUGCCUGUUUUGGGCACUGAAUAGACAGUAACUUAAAAAUGUAUUUCGCUUAUGUUGUUCUCAGACUGGCACUGCUAUCAAUGGAAAGUAUUUUUAACUAAACUGUUAUUAAGAAAUUAAUCAUAUUUUUGCAUUUCAGCCAAAAUAAAGACCAUAUCUAAUAAUCAGUUAGAUACAAGUAAUAUGUAAAUCUGAAAUCCAUAUAUUUCAUAUUAUCUGCACUGUAUUUUCCAAUUUAAAUUAAAAAUACAAUAUAGAAACAGAAAGGUUCAUAUUUUUCUAAUCACUUCACUCUAUUAUUUUGUUGGAUUACAUAAUGAAGCAAGGAAUUGUAUUUGUAUUAACAGAUUAAGAAAGCUAUUAGUUGUUUAUUAUAUAUGAGCAUGGUUAUAGAGGAGUCCAUGCCCAUUUAAAAGAAAGAUGGACAAUAUUUUAAAGGGAACUUUAAUAUGCUUUUAUAUAAACAAAUUUGAAAUACGGUUUACUUUGGUUGUCUUUACUUACCAAGUACCACCAGCCUUCUGUUUUUUUCUCAUUUGUGUAAUCGUCAACCAUGACUUGAUGUUAACUCUGCUUUGUCUUUCGGAUGACCUAACCUACAUUAACAUGUAUAUAAAACAUUUUCAACCUUACUUCAAAAAUCAUAACUGAUCACUUUAUUAAUAAAUAAAAGUAAAGUCUUGUAUUUGAA